AUGAAAGAAACCUUCGAUACUUAUGAUACAAAAAAUCAGGGUAUUAUAAAAACAUCAAUGCUCGGUAAAAUUAUACGUACACUCGGUUUUAACCCAUUGGAAAGUGAUAUACAACGCAUAUCAAAAGAACUAGAUCCUUCCAAUUCGGAUGCUCUCAAAUUUCCCGAGUAUGUUGCUGCCUACACUCGUAUACCUACAUCUGUUACAGAUAAAGACAUUUUACCAGCAUUUCAAGUAUUUGAUACGGAAAAACGUGGUGUUUUAGAAGCUGAAGAUAUGUUAAAAAAUUUAAUGAAUAUUGGAGAAAAAUUAGAUGAAGUUGAAGGUGAGGCAUUUAAAGAAAAUAUCAAUAUAAAUGAUCAAGGCCUAUUCGAUUAUAACGGUAAAUAUGAUAAAAUAUUUACUUAA